GUUAUAGUCCGACUUCCCCAAUACCCGAUCGAUACGAGUUUCCGGUAAGAUGGGGGAAAGAAGUGUUGAUAUUACAACCGAGUUAAAGAAAUUCCAGGGUACUAAGGAAGAACAGAUUCUCCAAAUUCAUUUGAAGAAAACCAUUAUUUUGAAAAAGUUUUAUUUAAAUCUUGUCAUUCAAUCGUGCAACGUUUGUAAGCCAGUCCCAUUUACAAAUGCCGACGUUGUUCUAUUACCGUUUUACGAACAACGCCAACAGAUUUAUGAAUACAGCGAAGAAGAAACUGACCAACAGAUUAUCAGAUUUGAGAAUUUAUUGAAUAUGGAACUGAUACAAAAGUUGACAGCAGUAUGCGCUGCACCAGAUUCUUCAGUAGACGCUGCACCAGAGGAAUGUAAAUCCUCUGUCCUGUGUUUGUUGAAGUUUCUACGAGAUAUAGAGCAUCACCAGAAAGCAUUGUCUGGGUUGAGAGAAUCAGGAGCUGAUGAGGCUAAAUUGACAGCUGUAAUUGGACACCAUUUCUUUUCUCAAUUGAUACCAGGCAAAAAUUAUGAGAUUGACAAAGGGUUUAAAAAUAUACCCAAUGAGUGUCCAUGUCAACUGAAAGACUGUAAACAGAGGAUUCAGACUGGAUGUACAACUUUAGGUUCUGAUGAAACUUGGCAUGGCUAUGUGGAUAUAUUUUUAAAUCAAACUGUAGCUGUCUCAGUCAUAGGGAGCUCAUCAUUAUCUGGAAACCAAAAUUCUGAUGAUGAUGAUGAUACUGAUGAUGAAACAAAUGAAAUACCAGGUCCAUCAUCUCCAAAGCAAUUGCGGAUGCAUGGUGAUGAAACAGAGAAAAGAAGAGAACAUUCAGCUUCAAAGCAGUUGUGUAGAGCAAGCAGCAAAACUAGAAAGCGCAGCAGCAAGACUACCCUGUUGCAUUUUAAUGUUAUUGAUCAAAUUAUUGCAGAAGCCAUUACAAAUGCAUUUACUCAAGUAAAUAGGAACAAAGCUUUGUCAGGAUGGUUAAUUCCAACAUUCGGAUGUACCCUAGAUCACAUUGUGGUUUUUCUGUAUGAUCCAAAAAAUGAUGUGUUUCUGCAGCUCAUAGAACAACUGCCUCUGUGGCAAAAAACAAACAUAUUGUCAGUCACAACUGUUGUACAAAUUUGGAUGUUACUAAAUUUUACAGUUUUUAUGCGCAAAAACAUAGCAGAUGAAUAUAGAUUUAACAGUUCAAACUUUCAUUGUCUUGCUGGAAAGUUAUUGAAGGAGUACUGGAAUCUAGAAGCUGGGAAAACUUUCGGCAUUGGUUUGAAUUACAAUGAUUUUUAUUCUGAAAAAGUAUUGCAAACACUUCUGUUACAUGGAAAAGAAGUUAGUAAACAAUAGAAUACAUGCUGAUUUCUGUAAAAGUUAAAAUAUUGAAUAAAGGACCUACUUCUGUGUACAUACAUGAGAGACACUGUAAGAUUUAUGGUGCAUGUGUCAAAAUGAAAAUGCAGAUCCAAAUUUCCUUCCCUUUGUUAUGAUGUGUAUUGCUACAAGAUUUCUAUGGAAAAUAUGUAACUAUAUUAUAUAUACCAUGACAUCUCUCUUGUUUACUUUUUACCCAUUGGGGUAGUAACUGACAUAUUGCUGUCUAUGCCUGUCCCUCCUAUUGUGUUGUUAACUUUAGAAUAUUUUUUUUACCUCUUCUUAGAAACUGUAUGACUGAUUUUUACCAAACUUGCUAUUGAAUAUAUCUUUCAUCAUUACUGCUGCACAUCUAGGAUUCAAAUUAAUUUCAUAAAAUUUUGUAGAUAGUCAAUUUGCAUGAAAUCCAUACAUGUAUACAGUAAAACUCUGAUAUAGCGAAUUUCUGGGGACCCUCCAUAAAAAUUCGCUAUAAGCGUAAUUCGCUAUACAUUUAUAUAAAAUUCAUAAUUCAAAUAUAACGAGUGCGUUAUAAAACUGAUUUGUUCUACAUGUAUACCAGUCAUAUAAGAAAGGAGCAAUCGAUAUACUUGCGUUUGUAUUGUCUUUAAGAGAAAUGAAGCAUAUAUAUUUUCGAGAAGAAAUAUUUUUAUACAAUAUACACAUUGAUUGAUAUAUGAUAAUUUAUCUUGAUGGAUUAUUAAGUCAUGCAAGAACAUGUCGAGAGAGAAAUGUCACCAAAGUUUGCGCAAUACAUACAUGUACAGUCCACUGCAAUUGUCAUUUACUUGUUGCUUUACAUAAUAAAGGAGUGUAGGAUAAAAUAAAUGCAAUAAAACUUCAAAUUUAAUUAACGAGAAUAGUAAACAAUACCGACAAUAUAUUUCCUAAACGUAUGUGUAAGUAUUGUUUUGCGUUAACAACCUUUUUUGAAAAAAUACAAACAGAAAUAUCGCAAUAAGUGUGAAUCCUUUAUGUCAAUGAAAAACGAUUAUUAAACAUCACAAAGAGUUUAAAAUGAAAAAAAUAAAGAAAUUCGUUAUAAAAGGCAAUUUUUACGUUCAUUUUUAAUUCAAGGGGAAUAGGAAUUUACUUCGUUAUAUCCAAAAAUUCGCUAUAUCUGUGUUCGUUAAAGACGCAGAUUUUUAUAUAGAAUAUAUAGAGAAUUUGCCGGGGAAAUCGUUUUCACUUCGCUAUAUCCGCGUUCGCUAUAUUCGAGUUUUACUGUGUGUAUAUAUAUAUAUAUAUAUAUAUAUAUAUAUAUGUGUGUGUGUGUGUGUGUUUUCAAUUUAUCUGGGAUUAUUACCCUUUUUAACUUAAAAAUUCCCUAGAUAUUCUGUUUGGUAUUACAUUGAAAACAGAAUUUCAUGAAACUUUGUAUUAGAAUAUUCACAGAUAUUUCCUAUUUCUGUAUUGACUUUGAUAUGAAAGUCAUACCAAUGUAAAUCUUCACUAUUAAAUAUUCAUUUCACUUACAA